UAACCUUAACUUUAGCGCGCAUCAUGCGUCUAUAAACAUGGUAUCAUUUGAUCUACUGUUGAAGAAAAGUUAAAAAUAAUUGAAUAUAUAUUAUUUUAUAUUUGUAUUCAUUUUUAGUACAAUAAAUAAUUAAUAAGAAUAAUUAUACGAAGUAAUAUAGUAACAGUAAAUAAUAAGUUAAUAAUAGUUCAUUCAUAACAGUUUAUUCAUAUAGGUUAAAUAGAAUCAAACACGUGGUCUAUUCCACAAGAAUUAUUUAAUUUUAUAAAAGACGAAUAUAAAUAUGUCAUUUCGUGGUCGUGGCGGUGGAGGAGGAUUUGGUAGAGGUGGUGGAGGAUUUGGUAGAGGAGGUGGAGGAUUUCGUGGAGGUAGAGGUGGACGUGGGGGUGGUGGAGACAGAGGUUCAAGAGGAUUUGAUCAAGGCCCUCCUGAAACAGUAACUCCAUUAGGUCAUUUUACAUGGACUGUCCAAGAUGAUCUUGUUGCUAAAGUAGAUAUUGAACAAGUUCCUUUUUUUAAUGCACCUAUAUAUACAGAAAAUAAACAACAAAUAGGAAAAAUAGAUGAAAUAUUUGGUAAUAUUAGAGAUUAUUAUGUAUCAAUAAGAUUAUCAGAAAAUAUUAAAGCAUCCAGUUUUGUGAAGGAUACUCCGCUGUUCAUAGAUCCGGCAAAAUUAUUACCUUUGCAAAGGUUUCUACCCAAACCUCCAGGUGAAAAAAGAAGGGGUGGUGGUAGUGGACGUGGAAUAAACAAAGGAUCUCGUGGACGCGGUGGUAGAGGUGGUGGGGGAGGGAGAGGUUCGUUUAAUAGAGGUGGUGGUGGUGGUAGAGGAGGAUUUAGAGGAUCACGUGGUGGUGGUGGUGGUGGCGGCGGAUUUGGACGUGAUUUUGGUAGAGGACGCGGUAGAGGAAAAUGGUAGAUUGUAAGAAAUUUUAAAAAAGAGAGGCUGAAAUAAAGACAAAGUGUUAAUAAGAUUAAUUUUGACAUAUAGAAAUGUAUUUGUAUUGAAAAACAAACAUGCAAAAAAAAGGAUUUAAGACUUCAAAUU